AUGUCCAAUGUCACACCGCCUUACAGGUUCCGCUCGAAACCAAAUUACCUCCCACAUACAAUAGGAACGGAUCCUAUCGUGGAGGAAUACAGCGUCCCCCUUGGACGGCCCAGCGAUGAGGACAAUGCCAAAUACUUUGGUAAAUGCAAGCGGUAUGCACAGGAAAUGGGCGUCACGAGGCCAAAGGGGUAUAAUGUCUCCUUUCACGUCAAUCCGGAGAUGGAGAAGCAUCACUUCGGCCAGACCCAUCCGAUGAAGCCCUGGCGUCUGACCUUGUCGAAAAGUUUGGUCUUCUCCUACGGCAUGAAUUUUGCCAUGGACAACUACACAUCGAGAGCUGCAACCUUUGAGGAGCUCAACAGCUUUCAUUCCAAGGACUACCUCGACUUUCUGGGAACAGUCAUGCCCGAAGCGCAGCCCCGAGAUAUUGAGAACCCUACGCCGGAGCUCAUGUUCAACCUUGGUGGCUCCGACUGUCCGUUGUUCGAGGGCCUCUACGACUACUGCUCCAUGUCCGGCGGGUGUUCCCUGGACGCGGCACGCAAGAUCUGCUCGAAGCAGUCUGACAUUGCAAUAGCUUGGGGCGGUGGGCUUCACCACGCCAAGAAGUCAGAAGCCUCCGGUUUCUGUUACAUCAACGACAUUGUUGUCGCCAUCCUCCAGCUCCUCCGGUGCUAUCCCCGCGUGCUCUACAUCGAUAUUGACGUACAUCACGGCGAUGGCGUCGAAGAAGCAUUCUUCUCCACCGAUAGGGUCAUGACCGUCUCCUUUCACAAAUACGCGCCCGACACGUUCUUCCCCGGCACUGGCGCCCUCGACGACAAUGGCCCCAAGAACGAGCACAACCCGGGCGCGCACCACUCGGUCAACGUCCCGCUGAACGAUGGCAUCACGGACGAGCAAUACGGAUGGCUCUUCGAGAACGUUAUCGGCAAGUGUAUCGAAAAGUUUCGUCCCAGCGCCAUCGCCCUGCAGUGCGGCGCCGACUCGCUCGCCGGCGACCGUCUUGGCAAGUUCAACCUCCAGGUGCAAGGGCACGGUAGCUGCGUCGAAUUUUGCAAAAAGUUUGGCCUUCCCAUGAUCCUCUUCGGCGGCGGCGGCUACACGCCGAGAAACGUGGCCCGCGCCUGGGCCUACGAGACGAGCAUCGCCGCCGGCAUCCAGGACCGCAUUGCGCCCAUUAUUCCGAGCCACACGCCGUGGCGCGACCAGUUCCGCUACGAGGAGCUCUUCCCGACGCUCGAGCAGAUUCUAGGCGAGCCCCGUGUCAACAAGAACCCGCAGAAGCGCCUGCACGAAAUUGUGCAGCACGUCAACGAGCAGCUGCGCUUCGUCGAGGCUGCGCCGAGCGUCCAGUCGCAGGUCAUCCCGCCUGAUCUUGGUGGUAUCCGGGACGACGUCGAGGCUCAGCUACGCGAGGAGAGAGAGGCGAGGGACGACGGGCUCCGGAAGCUGCGGGAGGAAGCGAUCGGUAUUCCCAUGGAGCUUUGA